AUGUCAACACCAAUUGAAGGAUCGGAAGUUGAUGGGCAUCAAUUCUCAGUGUUCCGAGUAUGCGUGUUGGAAGGAAGAUGGGAUUAUGCUUUUCCAGCAUAUAAAAAUAAUAGUGUGUUUCACAAAAUAAAAAUAAACGAAAGUAGAGGAACUGCACUACACAUGGCUGUGAAUGAUGGAAAAGCUGAACUUGUCAAUAGGCUUGUAAAUGUAAUCAUAGAACAUGAAGGAAGGGAAGGAUUGAAGAGUGAUAGUGCAUUAAAAUCAACCAAUGAGAGAGGGGAUACACCUUUGCAUCUUGCUGCCUCAAGAGGGUUCAUUGGUAUGUGUAAAUGCAUCAUAGGGGAACAUGGAGAAAGAAAGGAUUUGAUUAAGGCUUUGAACAAUAGGGGUGAGACACCUUUGUUUAGGGCUGUGCUCACUUGCCAAACACAAACCUUUGUGUAUCUUCAUCAUGUCUCCAAAGAUAUAGAUGUUCCACUUAGAAACAGUGAUGGUGAUACCAUCCUUCACCGUGCCAUUUGGAGAGAAUUCUUGGGUAAGCAUAUAUUUUUUAUCACUAAUGCAAGCUAUUUUUACAUGUUGAUAAUCCAAAUAUGUACCUGA